AUGGCUUCUACUGCAUCUUCCCUUUUUGAUGCGCCAGAUUCCAUUGCAAAAGCGCAAAUUAUCAACAAACUCUGGGAACCUCUUCUAGUCCAAACACACUUUCAAAAUUCUGAACAUCCGAUUGGAGCAUAUUGGAGAUUUUAUCAGCUGGAAUGCGAACGCGCUUUGCACGAUAAUGGACGCCAUGUACUUGAACGUACACACCAGGACCUGCUAGACAUUAUUCAUUCCUUACGGAAAGCCGAGACUCGUGAUGAGAUCCAGAGAGCCUUGCGCUCGAAGUUGACAAAGCCGCAUGACAACGAGGAAGAGCUUCUCGAUGGGUCCGUCGAUUUCGCUGCAAAUAUAUGGCUAAUGGUCGACUUUGAUCACAUCCAGUACGGAUUUUCGGGCAGGAGACAACUACACUGGAAGUCCGAACCGCUCGCAAAGUGCUUGUGCUCAGGCUUCCCUGCAUCUCCGUUGCUAGGUCAUGAGGGUGUGAAACUCCAACGUAUCUUCAAUGCGCCAAACUUGAAGCGGAUAGCCCGUAUCGAGAUAGUUCCAACUGCCAACUUACUAGAUCAUCUUAGGAUUAUAGAUGACGAUACAAAACUUUGCGUGUUCCAUCACGUCUCAGUCUUAGGAUUACAGUUGCACAACACCACCUUUCCCAGCGGUCUUAUCGAGGAGACGCUGCGUACGCUCGCUCUUCUCUUUCCUCAGUCCGAUACUGCCACCAGAGAUUACUGCCGGGAAUUGCAAGCAUCUUACGAUAUAGAUCCUCAGCUCGCCCUAUGCGGCCACCUGAAGACAGACGACCGGCAGAUAGAGAAAUUCAUAUACUGGCAUGACAGGCUAGUGGUGUUGAAGCAGGCUUUCGAUGAAGCUACCCCACGCACGCUUGCGCAGUGGUGGUAUGACCGUAGAAAUGGCGUUCAGUGGUAUACAUUUUGGGUCGCUAUAUCGGUGGUCGCUCUGACCCUCCUCUUUGGCUUUAUUCAGAGCGUGGAAGGUGCGCUUCAGGUAUAUGGCACUUUCAGAGGCGAGCAGCAUCAGUAA